AUGACUGAAAUAGACCAAGCUCCACAUAAUGAUGUUUGGAUUGAGCGAAGGCUAGAACUCGAAGAGAGAGCCAUAACGCAUGAGAGAAGUCGUGUGUCGAACGCUAUGAACUCCGAGCUGAUUGCCGCCAAGCAAAGACUCCUUUCUGAAGCGUGGGCAAGGAUGCAGGAACUCGUUUCUAGCGAUAAGGCAAACGAAAACAUGUAUAGACAGAUCUGCCCACAAAUUUUCGGUCCACUAUCUCAAAAAUUUCCGAAAAAACGAUCGGCAAAGAAACCUACAAUUCCUAAAAUCGGUAUUAACGCUACAAAACUACUUCUCGGCGAGGCUUCGAUCAUCAAUGACAUGUGUGGAAUACCUCCUCCUCAACAAAAUAAUUUCGUUCUUACUGACGGAACUAAACUGAUGAUAACUGCUACAGGACAAAAGUGGGUUGUCAAAAUACAGCAUGUGCGCGAUGAUAUCUUUACUUUGACGUACUGUGAUGGGUCAUCAUCUCAAUUGUUACAGUCAGAUAUACCUGCACUAGGUCUCAAAUUUACGGAUGUACCAACAUAUCAGUAA